GAGUUUUACGACGCAAGGCGGCUCCGGUGUCAAUACUAAAAGUAAUAUCAAAGCGACGACCGUCAGAUCAUCAUUAAUAAUAUCACAGCAAAUAACAAAUUCCCAAGGAAAAUCCACACUGAAUAAGGAGUGUAGUUGCCCGCGGUUUACUGAAUUUUCUGUUAAUGUGAGGAAUACACAAUAUUUGCAUCAUGGUCUUUGCCAUCGUCAUCAACAAUUCUUAAAACAAAACUUGGAAUCUUUUGCUUUUGCAAAGCCUCCAAGUUUUUCGUCACCAUUUUUACAUCGGUGGAGAAAAGUAUAUCGACCCAUAUCACGUACAGAAAAAAAAGAGAAUAUUCUCAAUAGGGUUCUUCAAGAAUUUUCAGGUAGCUCAUUGAAUAGACUUACAGAACGAAACGAAAUAUACGAUUUUAAUAAAGCUGUUGUUAUUAAUAAACCAUCUUCAUUUUACACCACUGACACUGUAAGUUGCUUACAAGGUCAAAAGUUAUUAAGUGGUAAUUUUGAAAAAUAUUCUACUCCAUCCGAAUCGGAUGAUACUGUAUUAAGAAGAGAGAAAAAGUCAUCAUUGUUUCCAACAGUAUCAUUCUCAUCAAGAGACAGUUCAUCAAUAAAUAAUAAUUUUAACAAAAAAGAGCAUUUGGUAGAUCCAUUAAGUAGUUUUCCAAUUGGGGUUUUCAUAACUAAACCCUCUUAUUCAAAUUUCCACCAAACACAUAAAUUUUUUAUUAGUAAAAAAAACUAUGAAAAAAGGUUUAAUACUAUGACUAAUCGAAAAGUAGACUGCGUAAUGGAUGAAUCAAAAAACAGAAAUGAGAUUUCGCCCGUUCCUACCAACCGCCGCGUAGGAACUAUUUCCUUCGAAGAUAGCAAAGAAAAGUCUAUCAAGAUGGCCGAGAAAUCGGGCUUUAACUUAGAAAGACCACAAGGAAAUUUAGGAAAAGAUUCGCUUUCUCCCUGCCUUCUGUUGUCAUCGUGCUCGGAUACCGCUUUGAUUACUCCAGCAAUUUGUCAAAAGUUUAACAAUCCAAUGCGUUUUAUAAGGAAAAAUGUCGAACAGUCUGCAAGAAAUAUUAAUACAAAUUAUCUUGAGUUUGAAACGGAAUUCCCUCGAGACUACGAUGAUAAUAUUGAGAUGUUGUCCAGAGAAGCUGAGCACUUGGAAAAUCAGUUUCGGACGCCCACUCGCACAAAUAACUCAGAAAUUAAAAUUUCCACUCCCGUUAUUUUAAAAAAAGACAAAGAAAUGUCCCCUUCGUCAAAUACUCUUCAAGUAAAUACUAUUGUAACGGCAUCCACAGGAAAACGCGUUGGAUUCAAAGUGGAAGAAAAAAUUGAAGAGCAUAUAGCUGAAAGUAGCAUUCUUCAAAAAGCAACUUUGAUAAGUGCCGAACAAGCAAGUUUUGAGGAUGUAGCACCUGUUGUCAUUGCAACACCAACCGCAACUGAAGCUGUACCUCCGAUCACUUCCAAAACUACGACUUCCAUUCAAUCCACAGUAGCAGCCACAAAAAGCACUAAUAAAGAUGAUGACGAUGAGCCAGUUGCUAUGUCACCUUGUGGUCGAUUUUUUAAGUAUGAUAAAGAAGUAGGACGUGGCUCUUUCAAAACUGUUUAUCGAGGAUUAGAUACUGAAACUGGGGUAGCGGUAGCAUGGUGUGAAUUAUUGGAUAAACAAGUUAAAAAGAGCGAACGUAUGCGAUUUCGAGAGGAAGCAGAUAUGUUGAAAAAAUUGCAACACCCAAAUAUUGUACGCUUUUACACAUACUGGGAGAACUCGGUGUCUCGAAAAAAGAAUAUUGUUCUAGUCACAGAGUUAAUGCUUUCAGGAACAUUAAAAUCGUAUCUUAAACGAUUUAAGAAAAUAAAUCCAAAAGUACUAAAGUCUUGGUGUAGACAAAUUUUGAAAGGACUGCAUUUUCUGCAUACUCGUCCCUUGCCUAUAAUCCACCGUGACUUAAAAUGUGAUAAUAUAUUUAUAACUGGAACUACUGGUAGCGUGAAAAUAGGAGACUUAGGACUAGCAACAUUGAAAAAUCGUUCACAUGCUAAAUCUGUAAUCGGUACACCUGAAUUCAUGGCACCUGAAAUGUACGAGGAGCACUAUGAUGAGUCUGUUGAUGUUUACGCGUUUGGUAUGUGCAUGUUGGAAAUGGCUGUGUCUGAAUAUCCAUAUAGUGAGUGUAAAGGCCCUGCGCAGAUCUACAAGAAAGUUAUUUCAGGAAUCAAACCAGCAGCUCUAGCAAAAGUGGAAGAUCCCAAGGUGCGAGAAAUUAUUGAAAAAUGUAUUGAGCUGAAAAAGGAACAGAGGCCAAGUUGUAAGGAUCUACUCAACUCAGAGUUUUUCGAGGAAGAUAUUGGUAUACGUGUUGAACCAACUGCCACUGAGGCUUUUUUGAGUAAUCCUGAAAAUAAUAUUAUCGAAUUCCGCCUUAGAUUUCUCGAUCCUAAGAAAAGAUCGUCUAAACACAAAGAAAACGAAGCUAUUCAAUUUGAAUACGACAUAAAAAUUGACGAUUGUGAACAACUUUGUCAAGAUAUGACCAAGGAAAAUAUUAUUACAGAGGAAGAUUCUCGUGCCGUUGUUAGAAUGUUAAAAGUACAAGUGUUUUCAUUAUUAAAGGAACGAAUGCAAAGACAAACUCAGUUGCAAUUGCAAAAUGAAAAAUCAAGGUUGGAAAAAUUGGCCUUGCAAAAGCAAAGGGCAAUGUUGGCACCCAAUGUUGAAGAAGAAGAAGAGGAAGAGGAAGAAGCAGAAUCAGAAGAAGAGGAUGAAAACAUGAAGUGGACAAAUCUUAAAAUUAAAGUUGAUGCUUUGACAGACAUCGUAUCAAAUGUUACAUCAGAAGUAACCAGGAAAACAGACGUACCUGGCGAAACGACAGAAUCGUCGUUGAUUUUAACUCAACAAACGCCACUGGUUCAUACUUUGGAACAACGACCCGGCCUGCAGCAAAAAUAUUAUGCUCAUAAUAAUACACAGCCAAUGAUUUCCUCGGGAGCGGGGCAAUCCUCGGUUCAUUUCGUCCAACAACCCCAAUUUGCACCUUUCAAAAACCCUUCAGCACCUUUACAAGAUAUUUCUUCUAUGAAAAUAAUAUCACCUACUACACAAAUGGGUCCGCCUUUUGGUAACGCAGGAAAAAAAUGUAGUGACCACCAUGUACAGAUUUCACUACCUAAACCGGUCUUAGUUUCGGUAUCAGUUUCAAAUUCAGUUCCGCUUGCUGGUGUGGCUUCCCAAUCAAUGCAGCAGCUGGUACAUCAACAAAAUCCACAACAUCAGUUACAACCGCAAAAUUUAGCUCAACAACAGCAGGCAAAUCAGCAGGCGCCACAGCGUCAACAUGUAAACCACCAGGCUUUAAUACAAAGCCAGCAAAAUGAUCAAUCACAAACACAUACUGUCCAACAAUCGGCUCCACGUCAGCUGCAGACAAUAGUUCAGUCUCAACAACUUUCAAGCCAUCAAUCAAGCGCACCUCAACAGCUGUUUUCUCAGCAAAACCAGCAGCAUCCAGUUGCUCAACAACAAUCACCACAGCAAACGCAAGCAAGUCAACAACGUCCUACACAACCUCUAAAUCAACACUUGCCGAAUGCGCAAACAGUUAACAAUAAUCACCAACUAAUUUCCAACAAACAAAACAUACAGUCACAACGUUUAGUCUCUCAGCCUUGUAUUACCUCUAUUGUUCCGAAUCAAACUUCACAACAACUCAAUGGUCAGAGUUCUAUCCAACAAGUGCAAGCACAACAACCAUCGAACUUACUGUAUACACAGUGUCCCACAACACAACAAAAUCCUGAAGUUAUUCAAAAUACUGCAGUCUCGCUUUCGGUUACUAAACAACCUCCAACUUUAACGUAUGUGCAAGCUGUUGCUGAUACGGCAAUAAGAAAUGUACAAAAGCAAACAAAUAUUACUUCUCAUUCAGCAUCAUCAAAUGCGACCAGCUUAACUCCUUUAUCUAAUGAAGAAAGACAAGGAACUCGUGUCCAAAAGACAAGACGGUCAAAUCGCAGCGGCAAUGAACGCGUACCAAAGCUGAGUGUGACAGGUGUAGAUCACGGUACUGUUAUUAACUGCCAUAUGGAAAACAAGCCAAAAACAAUAACUUUUAAAUUCGAUAUACGUGAUGUCAAUCCUACUGAAAUCGCCAAUAAGUUGAUUGCUCAAGAUCUGCUGUCAAAUAAUCAAUCAGUAGUCUUUGUGGAGAUGAUUAAUGAUAUAAUUCAGCAAGUUGAGUUAAACCCCAACAGAAUACCAGUGCCAUCAUAUUGCUGCAAUAAAGACAAG